ACAAGAGCCAGUGAAGAAAGAUGGCGGGGAGAGGCGGGGUGCACGGCGCGUCCUCCCCAUCGUGUGUGUCCAGGAGCUUAGAUAGAACACUUUCAGACGCGCAAGACACGUGUGAACUCAAACUAAGUGGCCGCAAGUUAAAGGAUUACCCAAAGGCUGCCGCUAAAUACAACCUGAGCGACACAGUAUUGGCAGAUUUGUCCCGGAACCGCCUGAGCGAGAUACCAGCCGAGGUGACAGAAUACCGCUCUCUGGAGACUCUGAACUUGUACCAGAAUGUGAUCAAGCACUUGCCAGACUCUCUCGCCUCCCUGCAGGGCCUCACGCAUCUUAAUCUGAGUCGGAACCAGUUAUCAGUCAUCCCUGCGGUGGUGUGUGAGCUGGCGGGGCUGCGGGUGCUGGAUGUGUCUGGGAACCGCCUGGUGAGCCUGCCGGAGGAGCUGGGGCGCCUUCACAGCCUCAUGCAGCUCGACGCCUCCUACAACCAGCUGGCCCCUCCCCCAGCCCUUGGUGAGCUAGACAGCCUAAGGAGCUUGAAUCUACGACGGAAUCACCUGCAAACACUGCCCCCUGAGCUGUGUUUCCUCCGGCUGGUGUUCCUGGACCUCAGUGGCAACAGAAUAUCCACACUGCCGACCGAGUUGAGGUUUAUGGGCACCCUUGUCACCCUGGCCCUGGACAACAACCCCCUUGCAGAACCCCCCAGCCAGUUGCAGCCACCACUCAUCCUUGUCAUCGCCACCCCACAGCUGUGCACAAGGGGCCGAGUGCACAUCUUCAAGAGGCUGGAGAUGAUAGCAGCCAAGGAGGACAAGAAGAGAGGCAUUCUUUCCACUGAGUCGGAAUUCAGGAAAACGCAAGCACAACUUCGCAAGGUUUCCUCCACCUCCUGUACUGAUUUCAGAUUGGUAAAUGGUUUCUUUGAGCCGCGGCACAGCAAACGCAGCACGGUGGACAGUGGGUACAGCACAUGCGACAGUGUGGACCAGCGGUGGUCGCAGGAGAGCCAUGAGAGUGUGGAGUACGAUGAGUCUCGGAAACUUGCAGUGAGGGCGGCUGCAUGCACCAAGGAGCAGAGGCAGGAACGGGGCCGAGGGGGGGGCGGGGGGCAGUGUGCGACCCCUAAAUGGUCUCCAACGGUGACGUGGUGGGGGGCGUCAAUGGAGGUGACCACACAAAUGCCACCACCACCCCCCAGCGCCCUCUCCACCCCCAGCACACUCAGCCCCGGUGAUGGCUUCAACUUGGAGGAUGAGUUCAAUAAGGCACUGAAGCUGAGACAAGACUAUGAGAAUGUGUUCCCAGGUGAUCACUCCUCAUCAGGCAAGGACACCCAGAGCCACAGUGGUGCUGGCUGGGGUGCUGGCAGCGGCAGCAGUAGCAGCAGCAGCAGCAGCAGCACCAACAACCACAGCAGCAGCAACGGGUCCCUGGGGCUGCGUCACCCCCUAGAGGCCCCCCACCCUCAUAACCCUGACCCUGGGGGGGGCUUCCUCCUCCCCCCACACCCACCCUACCCCCCCACCAUCCCCACGUCCACAUCCCCACCUACAGAGAGUAUGUGGAGGCCAAGCUGCAGAGACGCGCGCUGGAGAGCAACAACAUUUACCGCCGGCAAGGCAGUGAUGGCACGGCGCCAGCAGCAGAGAACGGCACCCACAGGUCGGCCGAGAGUCUGGCCACUCGCACAGACCACCUUGGCCAGCACCCGUCGCGGCCUGGCCCUAUCGGAGCGGCCAAAUCUUGCAAUGGUCUUGACGGGUAUUCUCAGGAGGUUGUGUAGCCAACCGCCCCGUCUGCAAGACCUCACACGGGAGGACAUGACGAGGGCCGAUGUGAAGGCCCUGCAAAAGGAGGCGGUCUUGUCGUACAUCAAGUCCCGUGUUAGUCCAAGCAAAGGGUCAUCAUCUCCAAACUCCCCCAACGCAAGCUUCGAUUCUGGCGACAGUGCCCCCUCCUUCCCUCCUGGAGCACCCCCAUCCAUCACCACCUCCCUCCACCACACCACCACAUCACAGCACCCCACCACAGCCGCCACCACCACCUCACACCCACCACACUACUCGUCUAGUCCAUACUCCAACAACCUUUACCACUCGUCCCCCCACCAUGGCUCCAGGGGGGGUGGGGGAGGGAGUGCCCCCACCACAGCGAAGACCAAUGCCGCCCCCACCACCACCACCGCCACCACCACUGUCAAGACCCGGAAGAGGAGUGGGGGAGGGAGACCGUUUGACCCUGAUGCUGCCCACCUCAGUUUCACCUACAGGAGAGAACUGGAGAAACAACAACAUGAGAAGCAACUGGUGGAGAACCUUAGAAAUAUCAUUGAGACUCGGCUGAAGGUGUCCCUGCCAGCCGACAUCUCCUCAGCACUCAUGGACGGUGUUGUGCUCUGCCAUCUCGCCAACCACGUGCGUCCCAGAUCUGUGUCGUCCAUCCAUGUGCCCUCCCCUGCUGUGCCAAAAUUGACAAUAGCAAAGUGUCGACUCAACGUGGAAAACUUUCUGGAAGCUUGUCGGAAGAUUGGAGUAGAAAAUGCGCGUGUGUGUGCAUGCGACGAUAUCGUAACACACUUUGACCCAGAGCGCGUGCUAACAACUGUCCGCUUCCUUGUCGACCCUUCUGAGUCCCUGUUAGUGAGCAAGUCCAAUGGGGCGGCCCCGGAUCAUCCCUGCCCUGGUGUUUGCCUGGCCCCCACUCCUGGGGGACCCGCGGGGGACCCCAGGAAGGAGGAGCUUGGCGUCCGUGACCACCACGCUCUGUCCCGUGUGCUGCUGUGUAUUUUCCUGGCCACCCUUGUGUUACUCACCUGGUACCCUCCCCCUGACGAGUAGCAGCCACAGCCACAGCGCUUCACAGCCUUCCACACAUUGCCCACCAUGCUUAUUUAACGUUACUAGUCACGGGAACUCUAGGGGCCGUGCUGCGGCUGUGGCUGUGGUGUCCCAAUGACUGUGGUGCCCCGGCGAGUGGGUCCUGGUGGUGGUGGUGGCGGUGGGGAGGAGAGUCUGUACUGACCACACUGGGCUGCCUCACACCAUCCGUCUCAACACACCUCUCCCUCCCUUCAUCACAUUGGCUCCUGUUGUUGUGUUUCCGUGUGUUGCCUCCCUGUCGCUGCCACUGAGACCUUCAUGAAUAGUGCCUUGUUCUCACUCCUCCCUUCUCCCUCACCUACCUCUCAUGUCUCAUUCUUCUACACACACACACACACACACACUUACAUACUCACAUACUUAGCAACUCAGUAUCACCACUUUUUUUAUACAGUGAACCUAAAAACAACUACUUCUGUGAGAGAGAGAGAGAGAGAGCAAGGAGGAGGUGCAUGUGUUGUACAUGUGUUUGUCUGUUGGAGUAGUGUGGGUUAGUGGGGUCAUGUGGUGUCCUGGUAUGUUAAUCACAAGGGACAUUUCCAGCAGUGAUUAGCUUUUGUGUGAGUGUUUCCUGACUCCUCUUCUGUAUAAGUGUAGGGAGGACCUGAGAGUAGCAGUGGAGUAUUUGUGCUGAGAAACAGUUUAAAUUCAAGAAACAUUUAGCAUUUUUUUUUAGGCAUCUUGUAAAUUUUAACAUACAGAAAGUUUACAGAUAAUUUAUUUAUUUUUUCUUAGAAAAAUACACAUUUUAAAUUAGGCGUGUUUUAGAUUAUGAAAAAACAUAAAAUAACAGCUUUUUUUAAUAAUGACAUACAAAAAAUAUAUAAAUAAAUAAAUAUAUAAAAUAAAUAAAUAAAUGAAUAAAUAACAUAACAUAACAUAAAUAAAUAAAUAAUAUGACACCUUUUAAAUUACAUUACACAAAACAAAGAAAAUAGAUCAACUUUAAAAGACACCAUUAAUGAACACUUCAGUGCAAGUAACAGGCAAUUUCUGUGAGGUAAGAGAUUCACUGAAGAACACCUUCCCAAGAAAACUGGAGUCAGGCGGCCUCACAUGGCUGCUGAUGGUGGUGCCUCUGUGUAGUGGUGGAUGCUGUGUGCCUGUGCUGUGUGUGCGUGCUGCUAGUCUUAGAGAGGCAGAGUUGUAUCAGUAGAUCAGGUCUGUCCCUAGAAUCCGUUCCUCUUGAUGUCCUCCUCUCUCUUAGUCCACCAGUGUGUUUCCUUCCUAUACUCAAUUCUUGUACUCCGAGUCCUCUUUCAUUCCUCUUGUUCCCAAGCCUAUUUCAUUAACCACAACUAUUUUUUUUUUUUCUCAUCUCCCUGUCACCUCAUCCUUCAUUUUCACUCCUAUUCUCUCAUUCCUCUCUCCUCUCCAAGCUUCUUCCUUUCUCAAGAGUUGUACUUUCAUCCCCCUUCCACCCUCGAGCCUUCUCUCCUCACCACAGUCCUCUAUGCUCAUUCCUGCCCCUCCUCUUAACCAUUCUCCUUCAUGUCAUUCCUCAUGAUCCAUCUCUUGCCCUUCCUGCUGCUCCCUUACCAAGUAGUCCCAUCCCAUGCCCUGCUUUGUCUCAAUAGUCAUUUUGCCUCAUCUGAACUUAGCCACCCUACCUCAUCCACAUCCCUACAGGAUAGUAUUGAGAGAGAGAGAGAGAGAGAGAGAGAGAGAGAGAGAGAGAGAGAGAGAGAGAGAGAGAGAGAGAGAGAGAGAGAGAGAGAGAGAUUGGUUUAUUAUGCGAGUGAGUUUGUACAUAGAUAGACUUUGUACAGAGGCCUGAAGCUUUGCAGUCUUGCCAGAUCUCCUUCACAGCUCAGCCUUGCAUCCUGCCUGAGGCCUGACUAAAUGUGUAUCUCUUAUUGCCUUCCAUCACCUGUGUAGUGCCUGCCUGCUGCUGCUGAGGACCAUGAUUAUUAUUAUUAUUAUUAUUAUUAUUAUUAUUAUUAUUAUUAUUAUUAUUAUUAUUAUUAUUAUUAUUAUUAUUGUUAUUAUUGUUUGUGUAAAGGUUAGUUCAAGGAUGAGUGCAUGUUUUUGUUGGUAAGGACUUCCUAUGACUGUGAUUUAGGGGCCUAUACACUUCCUAUACUUAGCACACAUCAUCACAUCAUGACUCCUUUGUCCCUAUUACAUCACCUUCCCAUCACUCCCACCAACACUCACACUGACAUGUAAGAUGCAGAAGGCACAUAAUUAUGGCUUGUGGUGCAUUGAAGACUCCUGCUCCCCGCUUGCUACACACACCAUAGGGCACCAAGGACACGGGCAGGGCUGGACACCACAUAGCCAGCCAGUCUUGGGUCACCGGGGGGAAGCUGUCAUGGUGUAUGUGUGUGACAGGCAACUCUUGUGUAGUGAGAGAAUCAAAGCUGUUGUACUCUCAGUUUGCAACAUUCCAUUAGAUAGGUAUAUAAUCCAACUACUUAUUACUUAUUGCUACAGCUAUAGAUGCUUAGGUAUAUUAUGGAAAUUGACUACAUAUAUGGUUUUAUAUUUUUGUGUGUGUGCUUGUAUGGUUAAGUUUAUGCAGUAGAGGAGAAUAAGGGCAUUUUUUUUAAACCAUGUCAAGCGGGACAGAACAGCUUCACCAUUAUUUUAACAGUGCCGCUUCAUUAGAGGUUUGGUUUGAAUGUGCUUAACGCUUGUGAUCAACUCCAUAACUUAGUAUAGAGGUGCUGGUGCUAGAGUCACGCGGCACCACAGCUGGAGUGCUUGUUCUGUCCUUGCUGGAACCACAAGUCAGCCACACCAUUGUGAUAUGAUCAGAUCUGUGAAUCCUUAGGUUAUGCUUCUUGCUUAUAUUAUAUCAUCUGUGUCCUGUGGCAUUGAGCCUUGCUGGUGACUCCCUCAGCCAGCCACACACCCCUCACACACCAGCACACACACGGCCACCUCCAGUAACUAUUGUCUUGUGAAAUAUCCCAAGUGCUGAGACUGAGUGAUUAAAAAUAUUAUAAUGUAAUUGACAGAGAGAGUCCUGCAUGAAGCUUUAUCACUGCUCAAAGACUGAAUAAAAGAUCAUUAUAUACUUCAACUUACAGAAAAGACAUGCAGGAAUGUUUAUCACUGAUGACUGACAGUGUUCAGGUCAAAGAAACUGUAUUUAGAUUCUUGGGGAAAAGUGUGCGUGUGUGCGUGUGUGCUGGUGUCAAAGUGUGUGUUGUGCCAUAAUGAAGAGUGUGAGGGAGCAACACAAGGCGCAUAUCCCCCUCCCACAGAACACUUCAUCACCACUACACACACUUAGCAGUCAAACAUGACUGAUGAAGUGUUCACCAAAUAACCACAGAGGGAAUCUGAGACAUGAGGAAUAGAGUCUAGUCUUUCACCUCAUGACUGGCAAGUGAACCUGCAGCCACCAGAGAGAGGCAAAGGUGGUCUAAAUAAAUCCUUGGCAGUCUGGCAGGUGAAGAGCAGCAUUGUCCCAUACACUGAUGCAUUGUGUUCCCUUCCCUCAGCGUGUAGGGAACUACCAAGCCACUUAAUAUUACAGGGAUGGUCAUGGUCUCUUGGUCUUGUCCAGUUCAUGUGUAUCUGGGGAUUAUUUCUGUGGUACCUGCAGCUUAGAACAUCCUGUGAUAGAGAGUGAGAGUCUAGCUGCACGUACCACAGACUUAGGGAUGAAUUCUAGUCCUUUGAGACCUUAAUAUAAUAUCCAGAAAGGUGCUUCAGGAGCCUCUAUGCCUGACUGCACCACCCUCUUGAAGCAGUGCGCAGUAUGAGGCUUCACUCACCCUUUCCAAAACUUUUGUAUGUGUGAUCCAAGUGUACUUACUCAGAGCCUUCCUUGUAGCACUGACUCUGAAUUCCAUGGUUACAGUUGUAGAAGGAAACCAAGACUGUAGGGGUUGCAUUUUGUUAUUCCUGUUGGUUUUAGUGCACACACACGCACACACAUGGCUGUAUUGCAUGUGUGUGUGGCCCAGAAAGACUGCAAACCCUCGUGAUAAAAGUCACUGACAGCUCAAUUAACUCUGGUAGGUUCAGGCAGGCAUGGGUGGGAUGGUGUUAGCGGCACAGAUCCACACCACGUCCUUAGUAGAUGCAAGGGCACAUGUGUUGUGUCCCGGUAUGCGGUGGUGAGCGAAGGAAGGAAUGGUGUGUGAGGCUGCGUGUCUUGGGUGGAUCAAGCCAGUUAUUUUAUCAACGAUCAAAACCUUCAGUACACUCGGACAUUUUUGUGUGAGGAGGAAGAGCAACUCGGUAAAUUGGUUGACUAUUUACCGAAAUUAGGAAUUCGUGUGGAUUUCAUUUGAGCAGCUCAGUAAAGUUAGAUUAUUUAACGAAACUAGGAAUACAAAUGCUUUCAGUGUUUUUUGUAUUUUAUUUGCAGUACAUAAAAUACAUGGAAGUGGAGGACAGGGUGAAGGAAUGAGGAGUAAUUGUGGUUAUCUAAGUCAGCAGCUUCUUAUCUGUUCCAUGGACAAAGUCAAAACAGUAUUAUUUAUUUUUUUUUUAUUUAUUUUGUUUUUUAUUGGCUCGAUCUAAUUUCAAAUUCAAGUCCAUCAAAAUGAGGCUCUUUUGUGGGAGUAGCAUAUCCCAUCCCAAGGUGUUUGUGUGUAUGUGUGUGUGCGCAUGUGUGUGUGAAUGGAAUCAGUCACCUUGAGUCCUGUACAGCCAUAAAAGACAAGCCUUAAAAGUUUAUCAAAAGUUGUGGCUUAACCAUGAUAAGAUUCCUUUGAUUUGUGUGUACAAGUUGUAGCUUUUGAUAAGGCCAACCCAGAGUAAGUACCAGUGAUAAUUUUAUAUAUCAUAACUUCUGAUGUUCCUUGGUUAAUAUUAUUCUCGAGUAUAUUUUUUAUGCAGCAUAUUAUAUAAUUUUAGCAGCUAGUUGGGCAGUUUUCUGUAUUAUGUUACUAUGUUGUGUUUGUGUAUUGAAGAUAUUAUAGUCCCCAAUGCCUUAUUUGCUCUGUAGUCACUGAGCUGGUGAGACAUGAGGCUUGUCAGGGGAUCCACGAAACCUGCCACUGUUGAUUGCAAAGUGACUCUGUUCACUGUGUGGUGGGUGUGUUGCUGGAUCCCUGAUGGUGCCUCCUCCUCACCAGUGUGUGAUGUUUCUCUGCUGGGAUAACACCUUCCUUCAUCCUUCUCUCUAGAUGUAGCAUCCAGUUAUUCACAUCUAAAUAUGAUUCUUAAAGACAUCCCUGUCCAUGAUUCUGAACACAUUUCUAACCAAGCAGGUUUAAAUUAUUUUCCUGAGUAUGACUAAACAAAUUUCUGUAAACAUGAGUAAAUUUCCUUCUCUUUACACACAAGAUUUUUACACAUGAGCAACUCCCAUAAUUGUUUACACAACCCUCAGUCCCACAGCACACCAUGCUUCCGUUGUCCUGUGUUGGCAGUGGUGUUCUCAGUAUUAUUGAGUGAGGCUGAUGUACUGUAACCAUGAUUCAAUUUUUCUUUUUAUUAUUUAUUUUAUUUGCAAAGUUGCAUGUGUUGCCACUUAGUGUCAUACAUUUUUAGCCAGUCCAGACAGUUUUGAAUUGAAAUUAUUGUUUUAGGAGAAAACAUGAACAGAAUUUUUAGUUAGUUACCUGAUAUUUUAACUUAAUACCUCAUUGCAUUCAGUUAUUGUUUUGACUUUGCCUCAUUGCAUUCAAUAAAUGUUUCUAACUAUGCAUAA